CACGCGCUCGUACACGAACUACUCGUUCGAUGUGUGUGUACGUGUGCAAUAAAACCUAACACUACAGUAACAUGGCGGACAAGUCGCUGGAUGAAAUUAUUCAAGAGCGAAAGAUAGGUGGCUCAAGAGGCCGUGGACGUGGUCGAGGAGCAUUUCGUGGAGGCAGAGGUGGCAAUGUCGUUCAGUCUGGGAGGGGGAGAGGCGGCGGUCGCGUCCAAAAGACCGGGGGCGGGAACUUCCAAGUAGCCAUGCCCAACAGGUCACAGGUCAUCCAAUCACUGAUGAGACAGAAUGCAUUCCGGCCCAAUCAGGCCAUCGCCGUGACGGUCCCCGACGCCCGCGAAAAACUGAUCUUCAAGGCGCGACAGACCGACGCCCGGGAGAAACUGAACAAGAAGGCGAAGCUUGUGGAUGUCCGGGUGAAACUAAACGCCAGACGGCAAAAAGGCCAGCAGCAGCAGCAGCAGCAGCAGCAGCAGCAGCAACAGCAGCAGUUAUCAGGGGGUGAUGGACCCAUGAUGCAGGGUGUAGUGCCUGGAUCACAAUUACGGAAUCUUGGGAAGAAACUGAAUGAAAUAACAAUCAACAACCCAUCAGCAACAAAGCAACGCCAGAUGACGGGGCCGACGCAGUUCACAAUCAGUAACACACCGACCAGGACCCCAAAGGGGAAGGGCGGAGCUAAUAACGUCAGGGUGUCGGUGGGGGCGGAGGGAUUGCAGGUCACAACUGUAAACAAGUCUGCACAAAAGAGACAGGCCCGACAAGAGACAUUACAGCUUCAACGUUCCGUGCCGGUGGUUGACAACAGCCUAGAGGAGGAUCUCAUCUUUCAGCCUGUCUCGGCCAAAUUCAAGAAGAUCGCAGCGCAGGCACCGCCACCGCCACAGACUAACAUUAAAACGACCAUCCAGGAUGGUAUGCAUGCCGUUGGGUUCUCUGCUCGAGAUCUGGGCAGCCCCUUCCAACUAGGGAACGCACAGCAGAAAAGUGCAUUACAGCGGGUAGCCGCUCAGCCGCCAUUGUCAGUUGCUGCCUCGACACAGGGUACCAGACUCAUCGUCAGUAACCUCCAUUCAAGCGUCUCCGAGGCAGAUAUUAAGGAGUUGUAUGGCGACGUGGGAGCAUUGAAGAAGGCGCGCUUGGUACGCUCCGGCCUGGCGGAGGUGGUGUACAUCAAACGGGAGCAUGCCUUGGAGGCAAUAGCCAGAUACCACAACCGGGAGUUGGACGGACUCCCGAUGCAGUGCAAGCUGGACACCAGCACCGUGCCAGAGGCUACCGGUAUUCACGUCCCCGCGUCGGGAAAGAUGUCCAUGAAUGAGAGAUUCAAAUUGAUAGGCGCAGGUGCCUCAGGGAUGACCGAUUUCUCUCUCUCAACCGUUGGCAUGCGAUCAGAUGCGAUGGCACCAAGUAGCAACGAUUCCGUCGAAGCUGCAACCGUCCACAAAGCUCUGUUCAAGACCGGAGCUUCGACGACAGCAUCAUCUAGGCCGGUGGUGUUUACUGUUAAGAUCUAGAGGAGAAGCCUGAGGACAGAAGACCGAUUCAUUAAGCCCUAACCCAUGGUAUUUUUAUCAAUCAAAGCUGUGAUUUGUGUCCGACAUGCAUUCACAAACAUCCGAUGUGCGUGUGAUGUGCCAGCUGGAAUAUGCAGUGUGGCCUUAGAGAGGCAUGUGUGUUGUGGGCGGGGCUUAAUGGAUUGGUGCGUGUGAUGUGCCAGCUGGAAUAUGCAGUGUGGCAUUGGAGAGGCAUGUGUGUUGUGGGCGGGGCUUAAUGGAUUGGUGCGUGUGAUGUGCCAGCUGGAAUAUGCAGUGUGGCAUUGGAGAGGCAUGUGUGUUGUGGGCGGGGCUUAAUGGAUUGGUGCAUGUGAUGUGCCAGCUGGAAUAUGCAGUGUGGCAUUGGAGAGGCACGUGUGUUGUGGGCGGGGCUUAAUGAAUCGUUAGAUUGUAGGCAUGUAAACAGGUGUAUGUUCAUAAUUUCUACAAUGAGCAGUGCAUUCAAAUGCUAAAAAUGUUGAAUGACGUCCCAAAAAAUCAUUGCUUGAAUUUCUGUUCGUGUGUCACGUAAUUUUUCUUGUUGAGUUAAUAAUAUAUCAAUGCUGCAUAAUGUACUCUGACAACUAGCCAUAUUUUUUAUCAAAGCCAUUACCAAGGAAACUACCGAUUUUAUCGAUCAAUUUAUGAGAGAAACCUUGCUUAAGUGAAGAUAGGACUGGUAUCAAAUACCCUGUGAAAUUAUUCCACCUGAAUUGGAAUCACUUGGAAGAAAACGAACGUCACAGUUGGUUUCAAAAUAGGGUGCUCUCUUCAGUCAGGCCUUCCCGAUGUGUUUUUUUUUAGCAAGAGAACUUUACGAGACCCAAAAAAUUGUGCAUACAGUUUAUCAAAAUGUACAGUAUCAUCUGAGUUAGCCAGGUUAGUUGUUUUCCCACCUUACUUAACAUUUUGAGCAAUUGUGUUGCUUUAAAAAACAAAACCAAAAAAAAUCACAAACAUCAAUUGGUCCUACAUAUCUUCAGAACCCAUAUCUUAUGCCCAGAACCGUCCUGAAUCCUACAAUAUCCACCAAAUUGUAGGAAACCAUUGGAACAUUCUUUGCAUUUUUAAUUUUCCAAGGGCAUCAAAUAUACAAGCUUGUGAAAUAGUUUGUGACUCACUGUUCCAUCCUCAAUCCAACAAAACCCUCUAAAAAAAUGAAUGUGUCAUAUGUUUCCCUUCCUAGGAAGUUAGUGUUAAGUACAUGUACUUGUGGGGAACAGAGCACACUAAUAUUGUGUGUGUACAUAUGUAAAUAUUUUUGUAUCAUUAUCUUGAAUUUUUUCUCUCUCUGUAUCAAUGUUAAUACUUUGCUGACAUCUUUUGGUAGUGUUUCACGUACUUUAGAAAACAGUAAGAGGCAUACUGGAUGUACAUGUAUAGAUAUCAAUUCCCUAAGCACACACGUAGAUGUUGUAGUAACUGAUUGUUCAACUUGAACUUGUAGUAUAGUUUUAGAUUUUAGAUGAAUUCCUGAGGGAAGUAUGGAUGUUGUGGGGAAGUACCCCCUCAAUGGUGAAAUAGUGUGGGAGAUUGAAGGACACAUGUGCAGCCAUGACCCACACGUUGGUGCAAUCCACUGUGAAGAUGGUAUAGGUUUGUGCACAUUUAAAUGAAGAUUGUUGCUUACUCUGAACCAUCUAUUAUCAUGUCCUUCAGACUACCCUUCUCAUGCAUGGGUGUGUGUGUGGGGGUGGGGAUGGGGUGUGACACGCCCGUUAUUCCUUUUUGUUGGCAAAAUGGUGUGUCCGUCAACAAAUAUGAAGCAACAAAUAGUGCCACCUAUUGUUAAAUAGUGUCCAAAACGUCCACUUUGAAAGCGCCCUCAAACAUCAGAUGGUGUCCAGGUUCAACCCCCCCCCCUUUUGUACAAAAGAAAUACAAAGCAUUAGAAAUAAAAAAUAGUAAUAUUCAUUCACAAAAUGUGUCAGUUCCAAGCAGAACGUGCAGUACUGGGUGGUUUUAAAGUGUUGCAAUCUAGUUUUACAACAAACUUUGGCCAUUUAUUUCUGAUGAAAACGAAAACAUCACUCAGUCUCUUUAGUGAUAAUUACCUAAAAUGGAAAGCUAAGUUCUUUCAAGCGUUUGCUAUACAUAUGCUGCUAAACAAUCUGGGAAAUACUCCUUCAAGAGCCAAUAAUAAUAUGGCCUAGUAAAAAAAAUAAACUGGUUUCUCGUUCCUGUCCGCUUCCUAUUUCCUGCCCACCUCAUUUUAAAAUUGACUUCGUACAUUUGCAAUACAUUUUGCAAAAAUAUUGUCAAUAAGAUAUUGUCUUUUUUUAUUUGUUUCCAAAAAAAUUGUAGCUAUAUAGGAAGGGUUGCUGCUUCUUUGGACACAAUUUUGUAUCGCAAAAAGAGUCGAGAAAAUCUUGGAAAUAUCCGUCAUCUUGGGAAAAAUUAAAAAAAAGUCCCCGCCUCCUUCACUUUUUUCAAAGAGCCUGGACGAGGAACUAUUUUAUUAUUUUACUUGGCCAAAUAAUGAAAAUGUCUUGGAAGAGAUAUGUCGUCACAUGUAAACUCACAAUUAGAGUGAUUUCCUAAUAGAAUUUCAAACCCACUAUAUUUUAAUUUGCUCUUUUUAGCAUAAAACUUUCUGCAUGUAGGAUGGUUCGUGGGUAUGACAUUUUAGACAUACAUGUAAUAUUGUUCUUGUUACCGCUAUUCUAACUAUGUUGUAAAAUUACACCUUAAUAAAUUUACUCAUUUACAAUAACUCAACAAAUAAGUCCAAAUCCCCAUUAAAAAAAUGUGAAUUUUAAUUUUA